AUGGGCGCCUUUAUGUUUGGCUACGACCUGGGCUUCAUCGGCACGGCCUUGGUCCUGCCCUCGUUCAAGAGAGAUUUCGCCCUGCUUGAUGCCUCAAACAACGAUGCAAAGGCAUUCCACGCCAACGUAAUAUCCCUCCUCAUCGCCGGCUGCAUCCUGGGAUCAUUCGUCGCCGGGCCGUUCAGCGAUCGCUUCGGGCGCCUCAAAACGAUGCUGCUCCUCACCAUCUUCUUCGUGGCCGGAUCCGCAGUCCAGACCGGCGCGAGAGGUUCCUACGCCGCUCUGCUCGCGGGCCGGGGCAUCGGAGGCAUCGGCGUCGGCAUGGCCACCAUGAUCGUCCCCACCUACGUCGCCGAACUGUCACCGCCCGCCAUCCGCGGCCGGCUGAUUGGUAUCUAUGAGUGCUUCGUCUCGGGCGGCACGUUUGUCGGCUUCUGGAUCAACUACGGGCUUGCAAGGAACAUUUCCGACUCCGACUCGGCACAGUGGGAGGUCAGCUUCGGUGUCCAGCUGAUCCCUGGGGGGUUGCUUGCGCUGGGCUUGCUGUGGAUGCCGGAAUCGCCGCGCUGGCUGGCUCGCCACAAGGGUCCGGGGGCAUGCAUCGCCGUCCUGGAGAAGCUGCGCAAGAUCCCGGCAGACCACCCGUACAUGGUGGAGGAGUCCACCGGUAUCUUGAACCAGAUCGCGUACGAAGAUUCCGUAGCCGGGCCGAGCGGAGUCAAGGCGACCCUGCGUGAGAUGGCGGAACCAAGCAACCGCAGACGCCUUAGUAUCGGCGUUGUGCUGUUCGUCUUCAUGCAGAUGGCGGGCUCGAACGCCAUCAACUACUACAGCCCGACCAUUUUUGAGUCUGUCGGUAUUACCGGUGUCAACAACGGGCUGUUUGCAACGGGAAUUUACGGUCUUGUGCGCUUCAUCGCCACAAUGAUCUCGAUGCUGUGGGUUGUUGAUCGUUUCGGGCGUACUCGCAUGCUGAUGAUUGGAGCCGCCGCCAUGGCUUUUGCACUGUUCUUCAUCGGGGCCUAUAUCAAAAUUGGGCAGCCCUCGGCGCAGGGCGGUGUUAGCGCCGGCGGUUACGCUUCGAUCGUCAUGAUAUACAUUUACGCCGUGGGCUGGUGCUUUUCAUACGGGGGUGUGCCAUGGAUCAUCGCCGCUGAGAUCUUCCCGCUAAGAAUCCGAGGAGCUUGUAUAUCCAUAUGCGUGGCAACGCACUGGAUCUUCAACUUUAUGAUCGCGCGCGCCACACCGUACAUGAUCGCUGACAUUGGCUAUGGAACUUACUUCCUCUUCGCCGCCUGUAUUACCCUUUCCAUACCCUGGGUGUAUUUCUUCGUCCCGGAGACUAAAAAUCUCAGUCUCGAGGAAAUGGACCGCCUAUUUGGGGUUCAAGUCUUUGAGAACAGCGUGGAUGUCGAAAAGGCUGCUGUCUCUCAAGUGGAGGAAGUCGAGUAG